AUGCAGGUUGCAUUAGCACAGACUCUCAGACUGCUGGUUGAAGAGUCCUGUGGAGGGGGAAGCCAGAACGGGUGCCAGGUCAGGAGGGGUGCAGCCAUGCUCAGCACGUCCCAAACAACCGACUCUGGUUCAGCAGCUAUUGUUAGCAUAAAGGACACACCCACAGCAGUGAGCUGUAACUGCCAGCAGGCCAGGGAGCUGAUUCAGCCAGAAAGACUGAAAGGUCUGGGUGGAGAGCCACUUUUUGAGAUCACACACAACAUCACAGGAGUCCUUGGGGAGGACGUGUACCUGAGCUGUAGAUACCUAGGCAAGAGCGAGAUCCAGAGUGCAAAGUGGAGGCGCCACUCUAAAUUUAAAUCCAAGAGACUGGCAGGGUUUUUGUCUGGCAAGCCAUUUAGCCACGGAGACUUCUCAUACCCGGACUCUCCCACCAACCUGACAGUUCAGAUGAAGGUAUCCACUGUGGAAGCAGAGGGACAAUACAUCUGCGAGUUUGAAUCAGAGUACGAGUAUUACUCUGAUAGCGUGCUCCUCACUGUAGUAGCUCGGCCUGACAUACAGAUCCUGGUGAACGCUGAGACCAUAAACGGCACUCACUACCAGUCAGUGUCAUGUUCUGCAGUUGGUGGCCGGCCUGUGCCUCAGAUCAGCUGGCUGAUCAAUGGCCGUCCUCCCUCAGAUUCCUCCUUUACUGUGAACGUGACUGAAACUGCUCACUCAAACGGCACCUCCACCAUGAGCAGCAUCCUCCGCUUCCCCACCCACCUGCAGGAUGAGGACACCGUGAUCUGCGUGGUGCAACACCCAACCCUCUCAAACCCAAAACUCACCACAGCAAGGGUGGAAACCUACACGAGGCCAAAUGUGACCAUUAAAGCAGAGAUGGUACAACAAGGAGGAAGUGACUUCUGGGUGGUCUCUUGCAUUUCGUCUGGAGGGAGACCUGAUGCUGACAUCUCAUUGGCUUUGAGCAGCGAUAAAGAGCUGCAGAGGGAGGACAGCACAGACGCAGACAUGCAAACAAGCUCCGUCCUCCUCCCUGUGAUUGUCUACGAGGGGCACAAUGUCACCUGUGUCUUUGACCACCCCAAAUUCAUACACAAAGUGUCACAAGUCAUAACACUACCGUCUUUUUAUUUGUCCAGUGUUCAGUUGUUGAACCCAGAGGUGGGGAGCAAUAGUAACGACUUCCAAGGAACUGAAUAUUUUGAGCUGCAAGAAGGAAAAAAUGACACCAUCAUCCGCCUGCAGAUCAUGGGGAAUGUGCCACGUUACAAUGCUACCUGCAAAAAAGAUGACGGGCCAUUGCCUGAGGGUGUGGAGCUGGUUGGCAGCAGCCUCACGGUGCAGGGACCUGUGGAGUAUCAUCAUGCCGGCCUGUAUGAAUGUUUCUUUUCAUAUCAUCAUCUUGAAGCAAUGCUGAAGUUUAAUGUCACAAUUAAACCUCAAGAUAUACAGCCUGUUCCUCCCACAAUACAAGUUGACCUGCGGACUGAAGAUGGACGCACAGUGAUUGAGUGCUCAGCAGCUGAUGCUGUUCCUGCAGCCAACAUGUCCUGGCUUCUACCACCGGGUGUGUCUGGAGUCUCUUGGUUCAAUUUCACUUCUCAUAAUGAAAGCCACUCUGUCAGGGGAGUUUUACUCCUCCCUGCCUGCUCGCCAUGGGAGCUCACUGCAGAGUGUGUGAUAAAUCACCCUGCGUUUGAGGAGUCACGGAACAGAAGCAUAACCCUCCCUCUUUGCGCUCGCCCAAACAUCACCAUCAACUCCAGCACUGAAUGGAGAGAUGGAGACGAGUACACAAAGGUGGACUGCUCUGUGACCGGUGUUGCCCCUGCAGCAAACAUAACCUGGCAAGUUGGAAACAAAGACAACAGCAUCAGUUCUGUGAUGGAGACUAAAGUCCAGGCCGAUGGUUUGGUAUUGGCCCGUAGCUCUGCGCUUGUCUUGUCUUCUUUGUAUUCUGGUCAGAUUUUGACAUGCAUGGUGGAGCAUCCGAGCCUGGAGGCACCAGAGAAAAGAACAAUACACAUUCUUGUGCACCAAGCUCCUCUGCUGAGCGUGUCCAUAGUGAGGCAGCAGGACUCUCCGCUCUGGCUGGCAGUGUGUGACUGCAGAGGGGAGGGUGCGGGGACCAACCUCGCCUGGAUCCUUCCCGAAAAUGCCAAAGGCCAAACAUCCCUGAACUCAGAGUAUGAAGGGUUUGUCCGAAAAGCCAGGCUGACUUAUCAGUUUCCUCUGGCCCUUCAUGAAGGCCAGGAGCUGACCUGUGUUUAUCAGUUUGAACGUGGAGCCACAGAAAAGAAGAGCAUUCACAUCCCCAGAUACCAUAUCUCCGCUGUAAGAGUCUUAAACCGCACGACUCCUCUGCAAAGCCGCUACGGUGGCGAAGCCAUCGCACACAGACUGACUCUCCAGGAAAAUCAUCACAGCCAGAGAGUACUGCUCCAAGUCGAUGGCAAUGUGCCAGAGUACAACCUCAGCUGUAAAAGGAGUGAUGGCUCAUUUGUCCAAAUGGAUGGAGUUGCAAUGGUCUUCCAGCCGCAGCUCACAGAGCAGGAUGAAGGCCUGUACACCUGCCGAGCAUCCUUCUAUCACCACACAGCUGCCGUCAGCAUACAAGUGGAAGUCACAAGCAUGGAUAAACAGUUUGUACUUGUGACCAUGGUCUGCAUGUCUUCAGCCUUUGCCAUCAUCCUCAUCCUCGUUGUCACCCUCUGGGUGUGCUGUAAUAGAAUCAGCAGGACACAAUAUAAGCAGCAGGAGUCUCUCUCGGCUUUGACCUCUCUGAUGCAGGAGCCUGGCUCUCCUGAGGUGAAGAAGCCAGCAGUGACGGAAACCAACAGCAAGGAAUACGCUCAGCUGAUCCCAAAGGCUUGUGGGUCCUGUGAGAACAUGCGCCUCGCCUCGCCGCUGGAUGUGCUGUACAAAACCUCGUUAAUGUAGCGGAAACGGGCCGACUCCAGACGCUGCUCCAUGCGGGACCUGAGGGAGGCGGAGCGAUCCUGUUUUACCUCUUCUUCUGGUACCUCUGGCUCGUCUUCCAUCUC